AUGUAUGUGUAUGACUUUCAGUCCAUUGAAGACAAAACCAGAAAAACAGCCAAUAAUACUUCUCUCAAUCUCAAAGAAACUGAGUUGAGGCUUGGUUUACCAGGUUCUCAUCCUCGUAGAAAAAUCUGCCUUUUUGGCAAAGAUUUACAGAUCAAUGAUGAUAAAAGUAAUGGUUUUGCUGUUAGUCCUUUCGAGAACCUGGCGUAUGGAGCCAAAAGGGGUUUCUCAGAUGCCAUCAAGAGGUGCCUGGUGUUCCUUCAGGUGCAAGGAUGGCCACCGGUUCGAUCAUUCCGGAAGAAUACAAUGGCCAGCGAUGAGGCCACUGCGGAUGAAGGCCAUUGCCAGUAUGUAAAGAUGUUCAGCUGUUUCACCAUGUCUGAAUACGUGGUCACUUAUGAAGACGCGACGGUGAUCAGAUGCUUGUCGGCGAUGUUCCGUGGCAGUAAGAAUCUACGUCCAUCGGAUGUCAUCGAUUCAUGUAGGAGAAUAAGGAUUACGAAAGGUACUAGCUCCAAGGGCCAUGUAGAAAUGCAAGAAUCAUAG